GUUUUUGGUCCUUCCCUUAUGUUGCCCUCUCCAGUUCAUGUAUCCCUUUUUGUGUAGAUUUUCUUUCUCCAGUACUGGCACCAGCACCAGCACCAGCACCAGCACUAGUACCAUCUUCAACUAUAACUACACUUUUUCAGAUUCCACCACGAGUCUGGUUUACAAUACAUAUACGCAUACACACAGACACACACACACACAGCUUUCCAAUCUAUCCAACUCCAGUACCGAGCACGCGUCCCUCUCCCCUAGUUAAUUUAUUCAUUGCAGCCCACUCAGUGGGCACCUUUUUUCAUAUCACACUGUUAUGUACCAGGCAAUCGACACCUCAUCACCAGCGCUGGAAAAUAUUCUCACAUUGACUCGUACAUCUCAACUCUCAAUCAUGCUCCGCCGAGACUCUCGCCCCGAGAUGACGCUUGUCUCUCCAGUCUCCCUCUUUUGUCAUACCAGCAAUACAUCCACAGAUUUAAAUGCGUUCAACGACGCCUACAAACCGCCCACUCGCUCUGUUUCCAAAACUCUUCGACGCAAAACCAACGCAACCGACAUCGUGCACCAGUUCUUUAGAAGCUUCUCUUCUGUGGACCCUGUUUCCGAGUCGAGCAUGGUUGCCUCCUAUUCCAGUGCUAAACUCGCUCCACCUGUUUCACAUGUGGUUGUCGAGGCAGUCGAGGUCCGUGCAGGUCCGUGCCACUGGUUCACAAUCCGGGUCCAUCCAUGUCCCAUAGUCAUCCCUGGAAGUGAUGCCGCGCCGAUUCCUCGGAGGUCAUAUUGUGUCUAUAGGCAAUAUGAAGACAUUGCCGACUUUGCCGCCCGUUUAGAGGGAGAAGCCUCGCUGAAGCGGUCUAGUCAGGCUGGUCCCCAGCACAUGUUCCUCUCAUUUAAUCAGCCUAGCCUACCCAAACUGAGUCCGCGAGACAAGUCCAUGGUACACUCUCGCAAGAAGCCACGACGUCCCCAUACUGUCUUUGAUGCGGAUAGUUUAGACCUCAGGGUGGACGUCUCCAACUACUUCCAAGAGCUCUUUGCUUCGGAUGAAUCAACUGGUCGAUGCCGCCUCGCCGCCGAGUUUUUUGGGAUCUGGAAAACCGACCUCGAGGCCCAUCUGAGCCAAGACGAUCAAGACCCUCUGGCUCUCCAAACUGUUGGUCCUCAACCACCACCAUCAAAACUACCUGCCACCGUUGUGAGGUCGGUCGCCCUCCCCAUCGCAUUUAGAUAUGGUAGCGACACUUCCUCCGUGACCACACCCUCGACGAUGUUCUCGUCCCCAACCUCAUCGAGUUCUUGCUCUUCGAUAUCGAUCUCGCCAACACUCUCGCCGAGUAAAGUCAGAAUCGGAUCGGACUUUCCCUGGGACACCAAAUUGUUCAGUCAAUUGGCCGAGUUGGCGCCACCAAGCACUUUCUCUCUGUACGCUUCUUCCUUGGGUUCCUCAUACCACGCCGAUGUCGAUGACGAUGACGACGAAGACAACGAUGAGGAUUACAGCGAUGAAGAUGAUAACGAUGAAGACGACAACUGCGACGAUGGCAACGACGAUGAAAGCUAUGGCACUGACACCGAUGAAUCGAUCUCAGAUUCGAGUACCGGGUGUGAAGAAGAGGCAAAUGCUCUGAGCAUGAUUCCUCCUUUGCGUACGCUCAAGAAAAUGAUCUCCUUCCAGAACCUAAGGAAGCACUUCCGAGGAGAAAAUGAUCUAUCCCCACUGCGCUCGGGAGCAUCUACAUCGUCAGAGCCACUUAAAUCACUCCAAUCCUCGCAAUCGCUUAGCAAAGUACCAUCACGCGAUAAGACCUCAAAGAGGAAAAGGCACGUUGAACAAGUGGCGCCAUAUUCCAGAGCUAUCCUGUCUGAUGUCUUCCCAUCCGAGUCGGACCUUCCUCAAGUAUCUCAAGUAACCAGGUCUAGAGAGCCUCCCACUACACCCAUUCUUGGGCCCGUGGCCACCGCGUCCUUGACAUCCGGGAAAGAGUAUCUGGCGACCUCUCCAUUAUCCAUUAGUCCGGUCUUAACAGCAGGAAGUCGAUCCGAGAUGAAGCGCAGCGAAAAGAACCUGUCUCAUUAUUCCUCAAGCAAAGCUUCGACCCUAGAUGACCAAGUCUUUUCAAGUACCGUCCCAUCAAAAUCGCCUCGAAAGUCCCCGAGCGGCGAAGCUGAAGCUGAAGGUAUACAUGAGCGUAAGAGCACCCUUCAAAGUCCGUAUCCUAGAGCAUCGGCUGCGCGAUGGAGAGGCCAGCGAGAGCGAUCAGCGUCGGACGGGGUCUACCCAGACUUACCUAUCAGCGCCAACUUCAAACGCGGGCUUCACGGACCACUCGCGCAAAGCACCAAGGCCCAGUAUUGUUCUGCUCCAAUCGAUGCCAUCCCUCCGUCUUCAUCCCAUAGAUUGGAAGCCCCACCCCGAAUCACGAGCCCACUACUGAACAAGCGAAUUUCCGGCAGUGUCCUACGCCGCGACAAGAGUCACAGCAGCAAUGCGCGACGAAAGCAACGCGU